AUGGCAAUAAUGAAGCAAUGGAUCUAUUUAAAGAAAUUGCUAACCAUAAUGGAGGUGAAAAAUCGAGUGCAUACAAUGUUUAAUAUAAACUUUGAAGGAUUAUUUAUAUUAAGUCCUCAAAGGUAAUUCAUUAAAUAUUAUAUCUAGCAUUGAUGGAUUAAAUCAAAUUACAACCCCUCCAAAAGGAAAUACAUAUAAACGAAUUUUUGAAGAUAAAUAAUAUAAUUGA